CUUUUGGUUUUUUUUUUUUUCCCUCAUCUUUAAUCUUUUCUCAUUUUGGGUUCACUUUUGUAAUUUUGCGUUUGGUUACUUUUUGUCAAGUGGGGAAAAACUAAAAUAACGACCUUUUUUCCCGCCUUUAUCUUUUCUGAACACUUUUUGACUUGUGGGGCAGAGUGUUCUGGGUUCCCUCUUUACUGGGCGUGAAGAGAGGAGAUGAGGGGGCUGUAGAGAAGCGGCUUCAGCACUCCAGGAAGAGGAUUAAAAGGCUUGGAAAUGAUGACCCACCAUCGGGCCAUGGCUUUGGACGAUUGCAAUCUAUUCUUUGAACGUCAGCUGUUUGACGAAAAUGGCCCAACAACAACAGGGAAACCGACAACUGUCUCUCAAUUCAGACUUGCUCUUCUUCUUCCUCCUCUUCUUUGUUUCACUCCCUUCUUUUCUCUCUCUGUGUACUGCACUGUUUCCUCUCUGGGUUCUGUACGAUGGAGCGGAAGGAGAAGCAUCAGCAUCAACAGCAGCUGCUCUGCUUGUCCAAGAGCGCCAGGCAGCGGUGCAACAACGAGUGGAUUUUCUCUGAUGUCCCUAGUGAUAUUACCAUAGAAGUGAGUGGAUGUACUUUUAAUUUACAUAAGUUCCCUCUUGUCUCUCGAAGUGGGCGAAUCCGGAAGUUAGUUGCUGAGCAUAGAGAUUCUGAUAUUUCCCGGAUGGAGCUUCUUAACUUACCAGGAGGUGCUGAUUCAUUUGAUUUGGCAGCAAAGUUCUGCUAUGGCAUUAACUUUGAGAUUACGUCUUCAAAUGUUGCUCAACUCUGUUGUGUUUCUGAUUUCCUUGAAAUGACCGAGGAAUAUUCAAAAGACAAUCUUGGUUCUCGUGCUGAAGCAUAUCUUGAUAGUGUUGUCUGCAAGAGCCUUGAAAUGUGUGUUGAAGUCUUGCAGUGGUGUGAAAACCUGCUUCCUCUUGCUGAUGAGCUUAAAAUAGUCAGCAGAUGCACUGAUGCAAUAGCAUCCAAGGCAUGUGUAGAGCAGAUAGCCUCAAGUUUUUCACGCUUGGAGUAUAGCAGCUCUGGAAGGCUGCACAUGAAUAAGCAAGCCAAAUGUGAUGGAGACUGGUGGAUUGAAGAUCUCUCUGUUCUUCGGAUUGAUUUAUAUCAAAGAGUCAUAGCAACCAUGAAAUGUAGAGGGGUGCGUCCAGAGAGUAUUGGUGCUUCACUUGUCGACUAUGCUCAGAAGUUUUUGGCCAAGAAACCCAGCUUAUGGAAUGCAUCUACCCAGCCAAAAGUUGAUUUGGUUGUUGGUUCUGUUGGCAAUGAGCAGAGACUCAUGGUUGAGACAAUCACCAGCUUGUUGCCUACAGAAAAAGUUGCUGUGCCUAUCAGUUUUCUUUUUGGACUUCUACGGACUGCUGUGAUGUUAGAUUGCACAGUUGCUUGCAGACUUGAUCUUGAGAGGAGGAUUGCAUCACAACUGGAAAUGGCUACUCUUGAUGAUCUUCUGAUCCCAUCAUUCCGUCAUGCUGGGGAUACUUUAUUCGAUGUUGACACUGUUCACAGGAUUUUGGUAAAUUUCUCUCAGCAGGAUGAUAGUGAAGAUGAUGUGGAAGAUGUAUCUGCAUAUGAAUCUGAUAGCCCUUGUUCUCCUUCUCAAUCUUCAUUGCUCAAAGUUUCCAAACUAUUGGACAAUUACCUAGCAGAAAUUGCUGCUGAUGCAAAUCUCAAGCUCACCAAGUUUAUGGUCAUCGCAGAUUCUUUACCUGCAUAUGCACGCACUAAUCAUGAUGGUCUAUACCGAGCCAUUGAUAUUUAUCUCAAAGCUCAUCAGGGUUUAUCUGAUCCUGAGAAAAAGAGGCUGUGCAAGCUGAUUGAUUUCCAAAAGCUCUCACAGGAAGCAGGUGCACAUGCUGCACAAAAUGAGCGUCUUCCACUCCAGUCAAUUGUUCAAGUGCUUUACUUUGAGCAAGUGAGACUCAGGAAUGCCUUGCUCUGCUCUUAUCCAGAUGAUGACCAUAAACCAAUGUACCAGUCAUGGAGGAUCAGCAGUGGUGCACUCAGUGCAGCAAUGUCUCCUCGAGACAAUUAUGCAUCAUUGAGGCGAGAGAACAGAGAACUCAAGCUUGAACUAGCCCGAUUGCGGAUGAGACUCAAUGAUCUGGAGAAGGACCAUGUUAGCAUGAAAAGGGACAUUGAGAAAUCUAGUUCUUAUAAGUUUAUAUGGUCAUUUUCGAAGAAGCUUGGCAGGCUGAACUUCUUUGGCCAUAGUUCUUCCAGGGCCUCAACUUCACCCUCAAAGCAAUCACAAAGAACAGAUUCUAAGAUAAUUGAGAACAUGAGCAGCAGAUACUCUAGGUGAAAUCUUGUUAUCUCGAACCUUUUUCUCUUUCUCUAUUUGGUAACCGCAUUCUCCACUCACUGUGGCCUUUGUUAUCUUCACCUUUUUUCCCACCUGUUUGUGUGGUGGUGCCUUUACCUACAGUUGGAAAUGAUGAUAAGUUAUCAGUGAGUACUUAGUCCUGCUCUGAUGUCCUUUGGUUUCUACCAAUGAGGCGGUCUUUUUACAGAUGCAUUGUAGAAAGUUACUUGUGUAAACAAUCUUUUGAACUGUUUAACUGAUCAAAUACUUGUAUAUUGAAGCAGACUGCAUUUUUUUUUGUUGCAA